GAGUUGCCUCCCUUGGCAAAUACUUCCGGCCCAUGUUGUCAACAAAGUGCAUGAGGUUGUAGAUUUGCAUCAAGUGCUACUGACGAUCAUGGGUCGUUCUUUUCAAGCUGAUGAAGCCAUAGAGGCCUACAUAGAACAGCUAAUUAAGUCUGGACAGUGGCACAUUGGGUUGAUUGUCGGUCAGCUAACAAACAGCAAAGACUACGUUGUCCGACUGAUUCGGACCCCAGAUCCGGCAGAGGAUGAAGUCAGUGAGGAGGAAGAGGGAGAAGAAGUAGUCACAGAGAGGAAGAAGGAAGCUUGUGUCCGACCCAAAUCUCUCGACCUCACUGAUGAACAGUGGGUUUCUUCUCAUGCCACACAAGUAGACAGGAUGUUACUGGGCGGCCUGGAUGUGAUUGGGAUCUUUGCCCUGGCUCCUCCCAACAUGAUGCAGAGUGCUCAAGCCAAGCUCAGACAGGUUGUCUUUGCUGUCCACAAGGCCCUCAGUAAACUGACCGUCUGUGACCGAGACAACGCCAUCACUGACCGCUUGGUGCUACAGAUAUGCUCAGUGGCCAGAAAGGCAACCUGCAGGACGUUUGAUGUGGCAGACAUGAAGAGUACGGCCCGUCCAGCAGAAUGGCGGUACAUGAGUGGUCUUCUUGACCGCUGGUCGCAGCUGUCCACCAUUGUGUCAGUGGAUGUCACCAUCACCGUCCCCAACGACACUCGCACCACCAGCAUGCAUAAACAGAUUCAGCAAGGAAUUCAACCCUUCUGCAAAUCUAUAUACAGUGGCAUGGCGCUGUUGAAUGGUGAGCUCAGAAACAACGACGAACUACUCGACCAAUCAGAAACAAGGAAAGGGAAGUCCAAGGACAGGGGAAGUCCCGUGAGGCAGCAGUUUGCCGUGGAUCUUCUCGUCAGUAGGUCAGAUAACAACAGUGUGUCUGACCCCACAGUGCUGUCAGUCAAGGCCAUCCUUAAGGUCAGAGGUCAGAUGAUUGGAAGGUCAUUGGUCAACAAUCGUGCAACUGUAAAGGAUGCUAUUGAGGCGGUACGCAGUGACGUCGUGCGGAGCCUGGUGUCUCGGUGUGAGCUGCUGUGUGAGGACCUCGAGGUCGUGGAAGAGGAUGGAGCUAGGGAGUUGUACGAUACACCAGUCCGCGUUUUUACCACGGUGCCCAAGUCGUCACUGGCGUUCUGCGACUACAUGUUCCAAGAUGAAAGGACGCUGGAGGUGACAGAGAGGCUAAAGGAGUUGCUGGACAUCGAUGUCACAGAAGAUGACCUUGAACUUCAGUGUGAGAGACAUGCAGAGGAGGAGGACUGGUCUUCAGGAGUUGUGUCAGAGGACGGCACGGAACACGCGGGAGGUUCUGCUGGCGCCAGGAGCAGUCUUGGAGCUUAUCUAGGCAUGGCCGUGAGUGGGUUGGUGGCGGCGCUGGCGGGCGUGGCCUACAUGAUGUAUGGGGACAGCUGAUGACGGGGGUCAGGCUAGACCCACUUCUCUAUUUCUUGCUGUUUCUACAAGUUUAUGGUACUGCCGCUGUCCCUGUCUCGGUGCAUCACAAUUACACAUCCCUGGAGGUCAAACAGGACGAGGUGCUAUAGGAUAGGAACCGAUUCAUUGACUGUAUUGACAAGAAAAUAUUAGCUAUUUUAUGGCAUGGUUAAAUUUCAGCAUUAAGUUUUACAAGUUUUGAAACCUGUCAGGUUUCAAACAUCUUCCUGAGGCAAGGGAGUUAACUGACUAUAAAAGUCCAGUUUCCACCCUUGCCGAAGUACGAAUCCACUGUUUCUCAAGCACAUUUGCCUCAAAUAUGAGGGUGGUAGGACCAUUUAAUUUUUAUUGAAACCGAAAGUGAUGAGGGAGGAACACAUUUUAUUAUUUAACCCUCCCGGAAUACCAACAAACACAACUGGGCAACAUUUAUCUCAACUCUGUAACACAAUGUCAGUUGUCCAGCAUUGAUAACAGCCUGCUUUAUAUGAUACAGGAAAUUUGAAAAUUUUAAAAAAAAAUUCAAUAAUUAUGACAGAUAAUGUACAGGAUUAAAAGUGACACGCUAAUGCCCGAUAAAUGUUUUCUUUCUCUUUAUUAGACUGAUUAUUCUUUAUUAAUAUUUUAAUUGCACAUAGGUAAAACCUUCAGUAAGAAACCACCAUUUUGUCUAUGUUGGUGCUCUUAUGUAUUAACAAAUGGAUAAACACAUGGUCAUUUACACACGUCAUUAAUGACAUCAGGGUCAUCCAUUUAUCAGUUCCAUGAAGUCACAUGAUGAGGUGAUGUCGUACUUACUAGAUGUCGCAGUGUUUCCCAUUCACUGUUGCCGUGAUAGACAAUGAGAAAUGAAAUGCCAAUUAAUUGACUUUCUGUUCUGUAACUGCAUACUUUUGACAAAUUGACUUUUUGUUCACAAUUCUUGGCUGCACCAGUUUAUAUUGGGAAUAGAUUGACUUAAGAUAUGUCGUGAGGUGUCGUCAGUACUUCAAGGGAUUGUAUACAAUACAUUCCUCGUCCUGAGACUACACAUGGCCGCUAUGUGGUGUGAUACAGACCCCUAUCUAUCUAAGACAAUGAAAGGAGGCCUUGUAUAAUUCAUGAAUGUCAAAUGAGCCCUAUUCCACGCAUGAAUUUUGGGAACCCAAUUGUUGCCUGAUAUUGAAGCUAUGUGCACGUGUAGAGUUGAGGCCUCAAGGCUGAAUCAUGUUGCAUUAGAAACAUUGCCUUUAUUAUGCAGUGUACCCUGAGCUCUCAUUGGUCAGAGCUCUUGCAGGAACCAGCACUCAUUGGUCAGAGCUCUUGCUGGAACCAGGAAGUGUACUUUGAACCCUCAUUGGUCAGAGCUCUUGCUGGAACCAGGUGCAGUGUCCUCUGAGCCCUCAUUGGUCAGAGCUCUUGCUGGAACCAGCCCUCAUUGGUCAGAGCUCUUGAUGGAACCAGGUAAUGUGCUGUUAGUCCUCAUUGGUCAGAGCUCAUGCUGGAACCAGGAAGUGUCCUCUGAGCCCUCAUUGGUCAGAGCUCUUGCUCAUGUUGGUUAAAUAUAAUGACUACACAAUAAAGCAGCCAUAUGUAUUCACAAAUCAUGGUGGAAUGAUGGUACACAAGAGAUGCGCAGUGAACAGAAAAAUACAUACCAGAAGAUGUCUGUUCUGUCUGUUGGGGAAAGGUUUUAUUGUGAUUAAAGACUGUGAGGCAUUUUAGGAUAAGGAUUUGUUUGAUGAUGUGAGUGGCUUUGACUUGCCUAAGCUUUAGUGUUGGCUUGAGUCUGUUAAUCUUUUGUAUGAAUGAUAUUGUACAUAAUCUAUAUGUAUAAAACAAAAGUGUUUGCUUGGAUGUACAAAUAAAUAUUGACACAGUU